UAGUUUUUGGGUUAGAUGCGGGUUAAAAGCGGGUUAGGGUACAAUCCGGGUGUAUGGUACACCCGGGUGUACCCAAGAUCACCUCUUUUUCAUUUGGUCAGGUCUAGUCCUUCCUCUUUUAAUUGUUUUUUUUUUCUUUUUUUCAUAUAUUGCUUACGUGGCGGUCGACCACUCCCAAAAAUACUACCGAUAAACUUGGUCUUACAGCCACCCCACCCGCCGCCGCUUCUCCCACCAACACCUGCCGCCCCGCCGCCCAUUCUCCCACGCACCUCCGUCGCCCCGUCGCCCAUUCUCCCUGCCGUGCGUCGGCCGCCACAGUCAGCCUCGCGGCUCAACCACCUAAACGGUAGUGCUGUAGACAUAAAAAAAGCAGAGUUGAAGAAAUAUAUAAAAGAGAAGAUGAAGGAUAGGGAGGCUUUGCUGCCUUCAGCAAUUAAAAAUAAAGAGAAGAGGUCGGCAGUUCAUGCAAAGUUGAAGCACCAGAAGAAACUCGAAAAGAAGAAGAAGGCCAAGGUUCGUGAAGCUGAAGAGAAGAAAGCCCUGGAGCUGGGGGAGGAGCCUCCUGCAAGGCCAAUCCCUCGCACCAUUGAAAACACCCGUGAACUUGAUGAAACUGUGUGUAAGCCUGACGACGAGGAGCUAUUUGCUGGAAAUGAUGCUGAUGAAUUCAGCUGCAUAUUGAAAGAAGAACGCACUCCUAAGGUCUUGAUCACAACUUCUCGCUUCCACUCCUCGAGAGGGCCUGCAUUUAUUCAAGAGCUCAUCUCUGUCAUUCCUAAUGCUCAUUAUCACAAGAGAGGAACAUAUGACCUCAAAAAGAUUGUUGAAUAUGCGAAUAAUAAAGACUUCACCUCAAUCAUAGUUGUUCAUACCAACCGCCGGGAACCAGAUGCUUUACUAGUUAUUGGAUUACCAAGUGGCCCUACUGCUCACUUCAAACUUUCGAGGCUUGUUUUGCGAAAGGACAUUAAGAAUCAUGGAAAUCCAACCAACCACCAGCCUGAGCUGGUUUUCAAUAACUUCACGACACGCUUGGGACAUCGUGUAGGCAGGUUAAUACAGUCGCUAUUCCCACAAGACCCUAAUUUCCGUGGUCGGAGAGUUGUUACAUUUCACAAUCAGCGUGAUUUCAUAUUCUUCCGCCAUCACCGUUACAUUUUCGAAACAAAAGAAAGCAAAGAGCCUGAAUCACAAGGUAAAGGAAAAAAGGAGGCUGCUAAAACUCAGGAGAAGGUUAUUACCAGGCUUCAGGAAUGUGGCCCUCGCUUCACGCUGAAGCUAAUCAGUCUUCAGCAUGGAACAUUUGAUACAAAAGGAGGUGAAUAUGAAUGGACACACAAGCCUGAGAUGGACACAAGCCGUAGGAGGUUUUUCUUGUGAAGUGUUCCGGGAUGCGAUUUUUGUAGCUAACUAAGUUUAGAUGUGAUUUUCUUGCGAACUUCAUGCUGCCUUCUUUCUUAGUUUUUUUGUUCUUGCACUAUGCAACUCGAUGUACCCUUUUGAUGAAAAGUGUAUAAGAAUUAGCAACAGAUUGCACAAUGCCUAAAUUAUACCCAGUGAAAUACUGGUUUUGUUUGAUGCAGUUGAAAUUUUUAAA